AUGCAGCAACCUGCCUGUGAUUAUCUUCUGGAAAAGGACAAAGACAUCCUAGAGGGAGAGUGGCACUUGGAUGCGGAAACUGAACAACCCCCAUGUGGUCCAGACAAGAGCAGCUCUGGUAGUGUCCCCUGGCAGCUUCCAGCCACAUGGCCUCUUAGCUGUAUGGGGAAGACCGAGCAGUCGCACCCAGAGCAGCCCCAAAGCCUAGAGGCCUGUCCUCUGCACCCCCAGGGAGGCCUGUCGAGGAAGCCCUGUGAGAAGCAGGGGAGCCUUCUCCACUUCGACCGGCAGGCCCCAGGCCGCAUUUCCACCUCGCCCACCUUGAGGAGAUUAAGGGGCAAUGGCUGUGGGACGAGGCACUCCCUGCCUCAGCAGGAGACCGUGGAAGAGCCCACCUGGGGCGGCCGGAAGGAGCCUGCAGGCUCCCCAUACUACCUUUCCCAGAGUCUACCUGCAAGCCCCCAAAAUUCUUCCCACUCUUUAUCAACCUUGAGACUUGGCUCAAGAUUGCCUCCGGACCCCAAAAGGAUCCUCACCACAACUGACUCGUCUGAGCCCCCAACAAGGCCCACAGAUGAGGCUGCCUUUCCAGUGCUUCGGCCUGUCCACGAGGGGUCCCUUCCCGACACCCCUCUUCCAGGGAGAGGAAGCCGCUCGCCCAGCCCGGCUGCACAGCUCCCAGGGCCUCAGGGAGAAGAAUUGCAUCAGUCCAGGAGACAGGAUGAGGAGCCGUGCCAGAAAGGAGACAAGAUUAUUCCAGCAACCAUGGGACUAGUCCCUUCGGAUCUGACCGGCCUGGGACAACGCAACUCAGGGUUCCAUGAGCGCAGACGGAGCUCAGUGGUGCUCAACUUGCCGGGACUUGAGGUGUUCCCCGGGGAUCUUCUGGUGUCAGAUGGAGCUGCCGAUUACCUGUGCCACCCACUCCUGCUACUGAAUUCAGAAUCCAAAAAGCCACGGUGGCCUUUCUCCAGGAGAGGAGCGGGCAAAGACAAGCACAAGCACAUAUCUGAUCUGGAACAACGCCUCUCCUCCGUGAAGAUUACAGACUUCGGGGGCUACGAAUUCCACAGCCUUAAGGUAUCUCACAAGCUGCUUCCUGAGUGA